AUUUGAGAACUCUGUCAGACAUAUCAAUGCAACUUUGGAUGUUCUUCCUGUUAAAGGACCUCAGGGUCCUCCAUUACCUGUAAAAACUGAUGAUCUGGUUCAGAAUAAAUCGGAUGCUCAACAGACUUGGGCUGUUAAACCUGAGUACUUGUCUUUGACAUCUCCUUCUAUUAGUGGAACAGCAGACACUGGACAUGUACAAAUUGUCAACAAUUCUAAUAGGAUGUUGACAUUUGAGCUUUCAUGGCCAGCUCACUGCCUUACUAUCACCCCACAACAUGGAGUUAUUGAACCAGAGAGCAGUACACUAAUUCUGGUGAGUCCUAAUCCAUCGCUUGCCACAAAGCCUUCAUUAAUUCCUUGGAGUGGCCUAAUCUAUAUUCAUUGUGAUAACGGACAAAAGUUUAUUAAAGUGCAGAUUCGGGAGGCAGUCGCACAGAGUGUGUCUGGAGCAGACUUUCCAUCUAGAAGACGUGCUAUAUUUACUCCACAGUCUGAAAGUCCUACCGUUCAUGUGGCAAAACCUCUUUCAGUGCUCCCUUUAACAAAAAUGGAAAUAAAGAACAGAACCAUUGUUUUUCCUAAAACAAGACCUGGCCAAAGCUCAGAGAGUUACCUGGAAAUGGAGAAUAAAGGGGAUCAAAAUCUGAAGUGGCAUUUGUCAUCUUUUGCACCACCUUAUGUUAAAGAUGUGGAUGGAACUGGGUGUGUUUAUAGGGGUUCUUACUCCGCUUUUAGAUGUUCCAGUGUUUCUGGUACUCUGGAGGCUCACGGAGAAGAGAAGGUUGCUGUAAUCUUUUUACCUAGAGAUAACGGGGAUUACUCCCAGUUCUGGGACCUCGAGUGUCACCCAGUUGAAAAACCUAGUUGGAAACACAAAUUAAGAUUUCAGCUUUCUGGAGCAUGUACUAAAACAGAAAAUGAAACUUCAAUUGUGAAAGCUUCUGCAAGUGCCCUCACAAAAACUGAGCUUCCAGUUAUACCAGAAAUGAAGAUUUACUCUGAAGCACAUACAAUUAAAGCCGGACAAAAUGAGAUAAUUCGAGGGGUAUAUGCACCAGAAGACCUGUACACUUUUCCUCCAACUAGAGUUGGGGAAUCAUGCACGUUAAAGGUCAACUUGCGGAAUAAUUCCUUUACAACACACUUGCUGAAAUUUUUAAGUCCCGGAGAGCCUUUCUACAUCAAGCACUCAAAAUAUUCUCUAAGAUCCCAUCAUUACAUCAAUGUGCCAGUCCAGUUCAAGCCAAAGGCAGAAGGAAAAUUUGAAAGUUUCUUCAUUGUGCUGACAACCAAAUAUGGCUCGGUUAAUAUUCGGCUAUGUGGUAAUGCUAUUGCAAAAAAAUAG